AUGGUCCAAUCAUCAAGUCGAUGGGCGAAGCAAGUGAAGCGCCACCAUGAUGUGAUUCAUGGUAGAGCCAAACAAGGGAUCAUGCUGUCUUCGAUGGUCCUUCUUGUCAUUUACUCCAUCAACGCUUCCUUUUUGGGCAUUGAACGAGCCAAUCGAGAACUCUUGCUGCUCGACAACAAGUACAGUUCCUACUACCGGUAUGUCAAGACACAGUCACUGAAACCACAAAAUAGAUCCACAUACGAUGAGUACAAGAAAAAGUCACUGCAACCAUCAUUCCUACUAGAAGAUACUACCACUUUUCCAACCAAGGAAGAAACCUGUCAACACGUCCAGCCCAUCAUGACGACAACACAUCCACCACUGGUACGGACAACGGACUGGACGGUGGUGCUGUCGACCAACUCUGCCUUUGUCGACUUUUUCCAGAAUUGGUGGGAAUUCUACUUGGAUCUUGCCAUUCAUGAUAAUAAGAUACAAGUGCUGGUGCUAGCAGAAGACGACCAUGCGUAUGAGACACUGACCAACAUGACACGACAAUACCACAAUGCACACUUUGUAGUGGUACGAACCGAUUACAAUACUUCCACAUCGCGACAAAGCGAAGGACACAACUAUGGAUCACGUCAAUAUCAAAAACUCAUGGUGACGCGACCAUCCAGACUCUUGAGUGUGGCAUGUUCCUUAUUGCCCGGCAAUAACAACUUGAUCUUUGCAGAUGUCGAUUCCGUCUGGAAAAAGAACCCUCUUCCAUUGUUACAAGAACAACUCAACAACUAUGACUUGGUCGCACAAGUAGACGACCCACUCGACACCCCCAUUGGAUACUGCGCCGGAUUCCUGGCCAUGAAAGUCAACACUGCCACACUCUAUUUACUGGCGCAAUGGGAUGCUGUUGCCACGGAACGAUUCCAAGCAAACCAACUUGAUCCAGGGGGAGAUCAGACUGUCUUGCGGGAACUCGUGGUCAACAUGGCAGGGUUGCGGCAUCACGGGCUCGACAUGACCUUGUUUCCACCCGGACGAAUCUAUUUCAAUACAACAACAAACGCGACGAGAAAAAAGGCUGUCGUGGUGCACAACAAUUGGAUUGUCGGUAGACGGUUCAAAGAAAUGAGAUUUCAGCAAUAUGGGUUAUGGAAACUGACCGGACGAGGGGAUAGGGUGGAUGCCUCGGAUCCAUAUUACAGAAUCAAAAAGCUAUUGCAACAAGCCGGUCGAAGUUACAAUACUAAUAAUGGGCUGAGAACAACCACAACAACAACAACAACAACAACAACAACAACAAAGCCUCAAGGAUAG